CCCCAAAACUGGAUCAAAAUCAAUUCAAAAGGUGAUAUUCGUAAUCACCGUGAAAUUUUGCAUCGAAUGAUAUAGUUUUAAGUGAAAAAUAAGAACUUGCAAUUCUUUUGAAUUAGCGGCGCCUUAACUAAACAUUGUAAGAUACUUACUAAAGAACGUCUCACUCUAUUUUUAAAAUAGUUUCUGCAUUCAGAUCUCCUUGAUCCAGUCUCAUAUGUGUGAUAAAUAAAUUUGAAAUAUGUACAUCAACUCUUUAUUCUGUAUCGAUUGAUCAAAUUUUUGCUAAAAAAUGAAUUAACUGUUUCAUUUUUAAUUUUGAUAUCUGUUUGCUGUUGAUAGAAUUAUCGAAAGCAUUUAGUUUAUUUCUUUUUUUUAAGAUGACUGCUCAAUUCGGUAGCAAGUUCGUUCGAGUUUUAUUGAUCAAAUCACGACCAUCAGAUUUGAAUCCAAUAUUGACUACAUAUGCUACUUCUCAAAAACGUUUUGCAUCGAAAGUCACCGGAUUGAAUGAAGUCGUUAUUGUUAGUGCCGUACGAACACCAAUAGGCUCAUUUCGUGGAGCUCUAUCAACUAUGCAAGCAACAAAAUUGGGUUCAUUAGCUAUUAAAGCUUGUCUCGAAAAAGCCGGUGUAAAUGCUGAUCAGAUACAAGAAGUAUUUAUGGGUAAUGUUUUACAAGCGGGAGUUGGACAAGCGCCUGCUAGACAAGCCGCACUAUUUGCUGUUUCUUAUUUUAUGACAACCGAUCAUAACUUUAAGCCAUCGUUACGUUUAUUUUUAUCCUCAAUAGGUCUUCCAAAGUCAGUUAUAUGUACAACGGUAAAUAAAGUCUGUGCCAGUGGAAUGAAAGCAAUUAUGUUGGCAUCACAAAGUUUGAUGUGUGGUCAUCAAGAUAUUAUAAUUGGUGGAGGUAUGGAAUCAAUGUCAAAUGCUCCAUAUGUAAUGUCUCGAGGAGAGACACCUUAUGGUGGUCUUCAGUUAGAAGAUGUUAUCGUUAAGGAUGGACUCACAGAUGCGUUCGAUAAAAUUCCUAUGGGUCUUUGUGCUGAAAAUACAGCGAAGAAACAUAAUUUAACUCGUGUCGAUCAAGAUGCGUAUGCAAAAAUGAGUUAUGAACGAACUACUGAAGCUUGGAAAAGUGGCAAGUUUAAGGAUGAAGUGAUUCCUGUUACAGUGACAACAAAAAAAGGAGAUGUGACAGUUAGCGAAGAUGAAGAAUAUAAAAAAGUCAAUUUUGAAAAAAUGAAAACAUUAAAAACAGUUUUCAAGAAAGAUGGCACAGUGACAGCAGCAAAUGCAUCGAAAAUCAAUGAUGGUGCAGCAGCCUUUGCUGAUGCAGCCACUGAUCCGAUAGAUUUUACAAUUGCUCCAGCAUUGGCUGUUCCUAAAUUGUUGAAAAUAGCAAACGUGUCCAAAGAAGACAUAGCCAUGUGGGAGGUGAAUGAAGCUUUCAGUGCUGUAGCAAUGGUCAAUCAGCAAUUGCUUAAUAUUGAUAUGAACAAAGUGAAUAUCCAUGGUGGAGCUGUUGCUAUGGGACAUCCAAUUGGGUUUUGUACAAAGGCGACACUUCGAGUAGGAACAGAUGGGACAAAUAGUGGAGAAAAUCAAGUAGAUACUAGAACAAUAAAUCGAGGAAUGGUCAUUUUUAUUUCAUUUCAAAAAGAUGCACAAAUUGAUCAUGUACAAAAACUUACAAAAGAAAUUGUUAAUGCUAAAUUAUGUGAAAUAUAUGAUGAAAGUAACCAGACAAAUGGAAAAUAUACGGAUAUUCUCGAUUUACCUGGGAACAUUCUCAUCAUACCACAGGUUGCAACAUUAGGUGGAAAAUUGAAUGGAAAAAAAUUUCAAUAUCAUCAAAAUAUUGACAAAGAAAAUGGUUUAAAAUUGUACAAUGAAUUUAUAUCAAUAAUGACACAGUUGUGUAAUGAAUCAGAGAAAUGGACAAAUCAAUCGUGUUCAUUAUAUCAUGGCACUUAUGGUAUUCGUCAGGUUUAUUCAUGUGAAACAAAUGGACCAUUUAUGCAUUUCAUUGAUAUAUAA